AUGGUCGCUACAUACUUUUUCGACGAUAACAACUCUGUUGAUUUUAGGGAACCUCAUUACAGUGGCCAAGACGUCACGCUGGAACAUUUGGGUAAAUUGGGGGUCCUCUACAAGUAUCUACCAUCACAAUCGGACGUUGAUUCAUUGGCUGAGGAACGCGCUUACAAGAAUAGAGACGUUGUCAAUCUAUCCCCAGCAUCUUUUGCAAAUGAUGAGGAAAAACUGUUAGAGAAGCUGAAUGUUUUCUACAAGGAACACCUUCAUGAAGAUGAAGAGAUUCGUUACUGCCUUGAUGGAUCAGGAUAUUUCGACAUCAAGGACUCGACCAUUGACCAAUGGAUCCGCGUUAGAUUAGAUAAACACGACUUGCUGAUAGUUCCAGCAGGCAUAUUCCACAGAUUCACAGUUACGACAGACAACUACAUCAAGGCCCUAAGACUUUUUCAAGACGAACCUAAGUGGCAGGCAAUUAACAAACCCGAGGCUGACCAAAAUCCAGUUCGCAAAAACUACCUAGCCACUCUACAGAGUGCCUGA